AUGACAGACGAACUGAAGCUGCGUGAGCAGCGCCUGGAUGUCUCCGUGGAGGAUUUUCGCGAGAAAAUUCUUUACGGGUCAACGACGCUCUCAAUCGAAGUCGGCGCAGGCGUCGCGGCGGCCGUUGCCUCUGCGGUCGAUGCCCUGGCGAACUGCCUGCCGGCGACAGGAGACGAAAGACAGGACCGGGACUCUCGGCCUGUCGUCUUGCCUCUCCAGGUGAGUCCAGACGGAGACAACAAGGAGACAGCUCACGAACAGGGAGAGCGCGCGAGAGGGACGAAAUGUGCGAGAGGGAAGAAAGAGGCUCCUCUCUGUCCCCAGCACCCUGUCCGCGCUCGCGCAGCAGGGAACAUCGGCCUAUACACGGAGAAGCCGCGGGAAGACAACGGCGAAACGGCUGCAGAAAGUCGAGGACCUCGCUGUCGAUUUCCUUCUCAGGUUCCUCCUGCAUGCAUUGUUAGCCGCGUCUGGGUCGACGAUGAGCCGGCCGAGUUCAGCUUGCCGUCGUGGAGAGAGACAGAAGAGGGAGUGUCUCCUCUUUCUUCUCUCCUCGGAGACGAUCAGGGCGGCAUCCACUUGGACCUCCUCACGCUCCGGCUUCGAACUGCCCGAGAAGCCGCGCGACAGGACCGCGAGCGACGGCUGCUUGUUCAACUUCCAGAGAAGACGGCGCAGAAAUUCCACGCGCGCGUGCGGCAGAGAAUCCGCGUCACCAUCGACUUCAAGUUGGUCAAUCCGGGGCAUCGCUCUUCGUCUCUGUACUUUUCCGAGCACUGGCUCUGCCCGCCACAAGGGCGGCAUCGGCUGUAUCGCCUGCUGCUCGCUUCGCAGUCGCCUUCUUCCCUCCCGUGGUUUCCCACCCUGCCUGCGUCUGCCUACGCGUCGCCUCUCGCCGCGACUGAGCCGCAAAAGGGGCGCGGAGCUGCGGCCAAAUCGAGCAAGGAGGCACCCGCUGCAUGCAGUCGCUGCCGUUGGAUCGUCUCCAUCGAUGUGCCGGCGGGGAACGUCGGUAUUGGUCCGGGCCGUCUCGUGCGGCGUGCACGCGUCUGGCGACGGAGACGGUCAGAAGGCGAAAGAGAAGAGAAAGAAGAGAAUGAAGACAGAGAAGAGAAAGAAAAGAAAGAAAAAGAGAGGGAGAGAGUGAAGGAGACCCGCAGGGAGGCGGGCGGGACGGGAGACGAGCAGAACAGAGGCGAGGGAGGAGAGCACAUGCUCGGCCAAGAGGCUGCUUCGUCAGUCUCCGGUUCGGGUAACGGCGCCAAGCGCGUCCUCUUUGAAAGGUUCCUCUACGUCGUGGAACCGCCGCCGAAGCGAGGCAGUGCUGGAGCUGACCAGUCCAAGGCGGCUCUCGCCGGAGUCGCGCCUCCUAGUGCGUCUGCCUCCGCUCGCGCGAAAACGCACAAAGAAGCGCCUGCGGCGUCUGUCGCGAAUCUGCCUCUGCUUCCGCCGCAAGUGUCUCUCUUUGCGGGCCCUCUGAGCGCGGUUGACGGGAACGGCGAGGCGGUCGCCUAUCCUGUCACAGCCUCCUCCAUUGGUUUGACGACGAGGCAACCUCAGAAGGCUGCAAAGGGCGACGAGGGAGUCUUCCUAGGCGACGAGCCCCGGGAGGCCGAAGACGACGCAGAGCGAGAAGGCGACAAGGCCGAGGACGAAGACGGAGGCGAAAAAAACGACGAGGACGACGAUGCCGAGGACGGGGAAAAAAAGAAAGAGGCCAUGGACGCUUCGGGAGGAGAAGAUAACGACAGUCUCGUCAGUGGUGUCCAAAGCGACGUGCGACCGGUGUCUAGCUCGCUUGAGCCGUUGCCGUCUGCCGCCUCGUCUCCCGCGGGCCCCGCGCAAGCAAGCGCGGGGCUCGGCGCGGGAGGAGACCAGCGGCGAGGCGAGGGACAGACGGGACAAAGAGACACCCCACAGGAAGAGGACUGGGCGAACCGGGAGAGGAGAGAAAAUGGAGACACUGAAGACGCGCAAGCACCCCACAAUGUUCCGACGGUCACUUACAUGACCCUGAAAGGGUUUGAGAGUCUCCUCAGUCCGACGACGGCCGCCGUUCCGUUGUGCUUCCGGGUGUACUCCCGCGCGCUGUCUUCGCCGUCUCCGUUUUCUUCUCUGAUUCUUCUCUUCCUGCCGAUCGCUGUGGAAGGCGGUGUGAGCUGGGCCGUGCCGUCUUCUUCGUCAGUCGACGCGGCAGGCACUGCGGAGAGCGCCGACGAAGGUUCACGUGGGUUCGCGGAGGUCGCGGACACGAGUGCGGCGGACGUGGCAGUUGGAGCAGAUCUAAAUCGAGGGCAGUUGCCCCAGUUCCAUCUCUCGCGGAAUCUCAUCGUUUUCCCUCUGGACCUCUUGCACUCGGAGGAGCAAGUCGGCGUGGAUGCCAGCUGCUACUCGGCGCGCAUUCUGAUUGCGGAAGGCCUCGCGACGGCAUGGCUCGACGCCUACACCUUCUUCUGGUCCUGCGGAGACCCUAGAAAACAAAUCGAUGGAUGCGCGCUCUUCCUGGGAACCGUCAAAACCCUCGUCGACCUCUUCAUUCAGGCAAAUUUUGGUCUGGUCGAGCUGAAGAUUCGUCGCUGGGAGCGGCUGCUGCGCUACGUGGCUCUGGUCGAAGCCGGCGGCGAGGAGUUUCCUCUCGACUCCACUUCCGUUUUCUCCGCUUCUCUGCCUCCUCCUCUCUCCGGCACCCCCACGCCGCUCGUGCCGAGUCUCGAACACCUCUACUUCUCCGAGGUCUACCAGCUGAAGAGCAGCAUCGCUCUGCAGGCGCUCGACCGCCUCCUGGCCUCUCAGUCGCUGCUCCCUAGCCAGUUCUUCUUCGACUUCCUCAUGCGACAGUACCUCCCGAUGCUCGCGAAAAAGCGAGAGCCUCCCAAUACAGACCGAUUCUGGAAAAAGCUCCUGUUCCACGUCACGCUGCGGUACAUCAGCCACUGGAACCGACGCCCGGCCAACACAGCGGGGGGUCGGCAGCGGCUGCGUCUGAAGGAGAAGAAGAAAAAGGUCUGGGGAGUCGCGGCUCUCGGCCUCUGCGUCGAAGGAGAAGACGGCGUCGUCGAAGUGAAUCCGCAGGACCACGACGUGCUUGCGCAGCUAGAGGAGGCUCUCUUGUCUUUCCGCAGCGCCUUCAUCAGCGGCACGGGCUGUCCGCAGCUGACGCUGGCCUUUGUCGUGCAGCUUCAGCGCAAGGGUUCGUCGAUGGACUUCUUCAACUUCCAUUUAGAUCUGCUGUCGCUGCAGCCGCCGGCUUCGCUGGCCGCCUCGCUCGCUCUACCGCGAGCGCUCGCGGCGUUUCGCAAGGCGAAGAGCGACGCGAAGGGCGGCGAGGAGGCGACUUCCUUCUUCUUUAGGCCGAAGGACGAGCGGGUGCCGGGCGCAGAGCUCGACCGCGCCGCAGACAGACGGUCGCUGGCGUCCCCGGGCAUCUUCUCCAAACGCAAAGAAGAACCCGGCCGAGGCGACGGGGAGGAGCGGCAGCCUUCGUUCUAUCCAGCUGAUUUGGCAGGCUUGGCGGCAUUCAAUCUCUGGGAAGCGUACGAGAUUUGCCGUCUUCGGCAGCAGUCGGGCGUCGACCUCCUGUCAGCUUCGCAGGACGCAUGCGCUCUGUCGAGCUGGGAGACGCUGCUGCACCGCUCCGCCUUCCCCACGCUGAGGCUCCCUUCUUCGCCGGCCGCUGCGGCCGUCGUGGCGACUUCGCAUAUAAGCCGAACGUUCCCCUGGGACCAAGCGCAGAUCUGCGACUUCUUCGCCCGCCUCCUCUUCGCCUUCUGCGGAGUUUCGCUCUCGCCCGUCGCCGUCGAGCCGUCUCGCAGAACGGAUGGCGCGACGCUCGGAGACGGAAGAGACGCGGAGACAGACAAGCCUGCCGAGGUCGCAGAAAGCGCGGCGGACGCCCUGGGGGCGUCCGACUCGCCGACGCGGUCUCAGGCCGCUUUCCUGUCCAAGGCGGAGAUGCAAAUCAAGCACGAACAUGCACCCCAAAACGCGCCUCGAAACCCAGCUCGAGACCCGCUGUUCGCUCCUGCCGCGUCUUUUGCCUCUCCGCCAACUUCCGCGCCAUCGUCGCGUUCGCUGUUGGUGUCUCUUCUCUCUUCUGCGCCAAGCGGGAGUGCGCUUCCUUCGGCUCGCUGUUUGUCGAGUGUGUUUUCGCUGCUCCUGCCGGCGGCCAGAGAGGCGGCGGCGUUUCUGAUUCUCGCGCCUUCUGUCUCUUCGCUGCUCUAUCUGCCCCAGCGGGUGUACGACCCGGUCGACGUCGUGGGCCGGGACGGAAACUUCAUUCUCGGCUUUGGCUACACUGGCGAGACGCCUGCGGUCUUCAACGCGGGUCGCGGCGGCUUGUGGGCGGCGACGCGCGAGGCGCUGAGGCGCCUGCAGCGGAAAGCCGAGCAGAAGCGAAGGAAACUGGCGAGACAGGCGCGCGGCGACGGCCGCGGCCCUGCGCGGGCCCUCGCCGGGCGCGCAGACCCCGACGAGGAGGGGAGCGGAGACGGCGCGGACGGGGCCGGAAUGGAGACAGGCGCGGGCGCGGGAGACGCCUUCGGGGGCCGGAAACGGAGACGCAGCCGAGACCUCGAAGACGACGGCGAGGAACCGCUCGACUUGGGAAGGCCAACUGGCGGGGCGGGCGACGCGGAAGGGAGUGCCGAGAGGAGACUCGAAGGCGCACCUGGAGACGAACAGGGCUGGGAAGAAAUGACCGAAGAGAAAUUCGCCCUUGCAUGCGUCGAUAGCGAAGCAGCCCCGCCGACGCUUCCGGUUGUGACGACCGGGGGUCUGCCGUACUGGGCGUUGCUGCUUCACCAGCGCGGGCAGCUGUCUCGGCUGCGCUGUCGCCUUCUCUCCCACGCGUCGCCUGCCUCUGUGCACGGGUCAGCGGGACUCGCUCCGGCGUCUGUCUCCGCCCGCUCGUCCGACAGCCCGCUUCUCUGCCCAGCAAACGUCGGAUCGCUGCUCUGCGCCUCAGUCGGCUACGAAAAAUACUGGCUACCCUCCCUCUGUCUGCAAGUCGUCGAAGACGACGGCGUGCGAACGUCCAUUGUCCGCCUCCGCGAAGGCGUGUUGCCCCUCCGCUUCGCUCUCGACCCCCGAGCUGAACGCGGAAGGAAGAAAGUCGCGCUGCGAGGCGACCGCGUGGUGCACGGCACUUCGAGCAACAAGUUGAUGAUGAAAGCCGCUGACGCAGCGGCUGCAGCCACAGACGCGCCCGCAGCCGCUGCGGCGGCAGCCUCGGGGGUCAGCGCCGUGGAGGGCGUCGCCCCAGGAGGCACGAGCUGCGCGGCGGGGCCUUCGGGCCCCGGAGGCGCGGAGACGUCGGGGGGUGGCGGUUUCACCAGCGCCGAUCAAGUGCGAUUUACAGGAGAGCUGAGUUCGAGCGACCGAGGCCUGAUAGAAGCGCUGAAACGCUGCGUCAUUGCCAAGCACCCCUCGCUGCUGUCCCUCGACAACCGCUCGCUCGUAGCGAAAGUGAACAGCAAGACGAAACUUCCCGUUCUCUGGCUCCGAGCCGACCCCAUGCAGGUUUGGAUAGGCAGGAUUCGGCGCUGCCAAAGUGGAAGCAUGUGGGAGCAGCAGUUGCUGAACGACGUGAACAUCUCGGCUCAGCUCGAGGCGGCUCUCGCGCUGGGGAGUAUUCGCUCCGGAGAAGACAUCCUCGGGACGCUCUCCGAUCCUGCAGCCGGCUCGGGCGCUCUUUCCGCCGAACCGCUCUCCCGCGAGCGCGCCGAGCACACUGCGAACUUCCUCGCGGCAGGGGACUGCCUCGCAAGAGACGCCGUCAACUCCCUCGCGAGGGCCCUCGCCUUCCACCGAUGGCAUCCGCUCCUCCGGUCGCGCGUCGUCUACGCCCUCUGCUUCCUCCACAACCGAGUUCGCUCCGAGCAGCUCGCCGUCUGGAGUUCCUUCGUCUCGUACAUGCACACCUUCCACUACGACAAUCUGGGAGACGAGGAUCGUAUCCAGCAUGCAGCUGCGCGUCUGUCUCUGCUGAGCAACAGCGAGUCGGCUUCUUUGCAACGCUCUGCGUCUCCUCUCCUGGCGUCUCCGAGUGAUGACAGCCGCGGAGUCUACGGCGACCAGGCGGCUACGCUUGAAGGCCUCGGAAACGGCCCGAAUCCGGCGGCGGAGACGCGAGGAACGUUUUUCCGGAUCGGAGAAGUUGCCGCGUCCACGCCAGAAAUGAGGUUUCUACGACAUUUCUACGCCGCGGUGUCGCUGCUCCGGGACCCUGAAGGCUUAACCCGUCCAGAGGUGAUUGAAAUGCUGCUUCAGCCUCUCGUCUCGACAAACAUUGGCGGUUCUUCCCCUCCGGAUGCUCAGCUGUCUGGACACCCGUCUGCGGUGGGCCCGGAGAAGGAGUUGGAAGACGAAGAAACGGAUACGUUUCCGCCAGGGGAAACAGAAAAGACGAACGUGGAAAGAACCAAGGCGCGGCAUGAGGGGGGAAACGGUGCAAGCAAAACUGCGUCGGUCGAUCUCCUCUGCUUUAUCGCGUCUGUCGUCGAUUGCUUUGGAAAUAUCAAGUGUCCGUACACCCCCUACCCGGCCUACGCCGAAACAAGACACCCGUACUUCAGCUUUCUCUGCGAGCGGGAAGACCCGAUGCCGGCUUCGCCACAGACGCCCGCGAGGCUCCAUCCGCAUGUUCGCCGCCUCGAGAGCUCGAGAGAAGGCGGAGAAGCUCGGCAGGCCGAACGCGGUCAAUCCUGGGUGAAUCCACCAGAUCCAGCGGCGGCUCCCGGGUGUAAAUGCGGCGACCUCACGCUUGGCGUGCUUCUGUCCUCCUUCGUUGCUUCGCGCUCUUCGGAGACGCACCGCGCCUUCGCUUCCGAUGCGGAAUGGGAGGCGUUUGUGACGAAGAACGCCCGCGGAGUCGAAGCGGCGUGGCUGAAUCUGUGGCGACUGUUUCGCCUUGACAGCGUUCGCUCGCUGGCGUCGCCGAGACACGCCAUCAGUUGCGCCUUUCUGAGAGCCAUCAGCCGGCAGCCGAUGCUGCGAGACUUGGCGCGUCGGCGUUUCCUCCGCAUCUCGUCUUCCGCGACUUCGUAUCAGACAAGCUUCGCCUCACAUCUGCUCUCGCUCCUGGGCGAGAAGAGACGACCUGAACAGGCACUCGCUCUGGGGAGAGAUGUUUGGCGCGGGAAAGAAGGCGGAGAAGCCGACGGCGAGGAGCGCGUCGAAGAACAAACGCCGCUGGACUUCCUCAUCUUCGUGCCUCUCCGUACACACGACAAAUAUUUACGAGAGAAAGCGUACAGCGCCUACGAGCUCCACUACGCGUACCACGACUUCGCUGUUCACCGCGAGGCCAUCCGCGCGCAGCUCUUGGUUUGCUGCGAAGGCGCUGUGCGCGUCUACCGCGUGCCCCUUUCUUCUUCCCCUCAGCGCGCGAACAGAGCGGUGUCUUCGGCUCAUCGCGGGGCUGGUGACGCGCCUGGAAGGAGCCAGCAGAGAAGCCGGGAAGCCGGCGAGGGUCUCGACAGCGAGAGAACGGAAGGCCGCGAGUCGGAGACGGAAAGCGAGAUCCGAAGGCAAAGACAGAACCUCGGAGGGCUGAGCGGGCCGUACACCCUCGUCUCGAAGUUCGUGUCGCCUGAGGAACAGGUGAAACGUGUUCAGCUGGGGUUGGGUGUGUACACGGCGCUGCAGUGCGCUGUGGAAAUGGAGCGCCUUCUCCGCCCCGACGAAGCGCGACUCCCCAUCACCAUUUGGGAGGUUUUCCUCGAUGUUCUUGAAGAACUUCGCGUCCGAAGUCCGGCGCUUUUCCUUCCGUUCGCUACCUCGCUCGUAGAGCUUCAUUCAGGCACCGGCCUUGGCCAGCCUCCCAGCGCGGCGAGUCGCUCUGCGUCGAGCCGCCAGCCUGCCUCGUGCGCGUGGUCGGCGCCUGCUUCGUUCUGUUUGGGCUCCGCUGGCGGGCGUCCGGCGUUUUGUCGUCUCCUGGGGUGUCUAGGGCCCUGUUGUUCGCCUCUGGUUCCCGCGACGCCGCUGCCGACCGCUCUUCUCGUUGCGCCUACUGCAGACGCCGGCGGAGCAUGCAGCGCCUCGGCUGCCUCGGCGCGGCACCAGCAGCAAAUGCACUUGCAGGAUCACGCGGUGAGUGUUGCGCUCACGGUCAGCCAGGCGGCCUGCGCGUAUUUGAGCUGUUACCUGUCGACUGAGGCUUGGGCGGCGGCUAGGGGGAACCGCGCAGCUUUCGCGCAGAAGUUGUGUUACGCGCAAAACGUCUACGCCUUUUUAUUUGGUGUGGACAUCCCCUUCUGCUGCCACCCGGGAGCCGCACAGCUCGCCAGGCUGGCCGUUUCGCCGCUCGGGCCCCAGACCGGAGACCUCGAACGGUCCUGUGGGUCCAGUCGAGAAGCGCCUUCCCCUUUGUGGAGUCAGACGCGUCGGCCGGGCGCAGCAGCCGGCGCGGCAGCGUUUUGUCUGACGCCUCACCCCGGUGAGGCGGGGGGCGGUUCCGCGGUUCCCGAGGCUCUGAUCAGUUUGGCAGGAGCUGGCGAGUUGCAGUGCGUCGAAGAAGACGCCGCGACGGAGUACGACCUGUGCCUGAAGGCUGGGUCUCGCCAGCGCAAGAUGUGGACAUUCAAGAGGAAGUACAUGGAUAACGCCCAGCACACUGCGCACUGGGUUGAUGUGGCGAUUGAGGCCGUCGGCGCCCUCAUGGAACUGCCUGAGGCCGUCUGGUUCAUUCCGGAUCCCGAAACGACAGUGAACGAGUACCGCUUGGUCAUCCAGGAGCCCAUGUGGCUGAAGAAAGUCCAGGCGAAGCUGAAGGCGGGGCUGUACAAGCUGCCUUACCAUUUCAAGCAAGACGUCGCGCUUAUUUUCCGGAAUGCACGGACGUUCAAUCGCCCGGACGAUCGGCCGUACCGCGACUGCUGCGUCGUCGAACAAAAGUUUAACCGCCUCUGGGGAUGCAUUAACCAGGCUUUCCAGCGCGCCGCCAAGUCGCACAGAACGGGGUCGGACGCGGCGCAGCCUCGACAGCCGGGUCCGGUUUCUUCGAGCACGCCUGGAGACGCCUCGUCUGUGAGUGCGAGAUACCCUCCGUUGUAUCCGCAGCAGAUGAGCUACGAACAACAACUGCUGGCAGCCACGCAGCCUGCCGGGGUUUUGCAGAGUGGACUGGGCAUGCACACUCCGGAGCAGUUCGAGCAACUGGCCAGAGGAGGCAGCGCCGCAACAGUCAGUGCAACGGGUUCCUUUUUCGACCCCCAGGGAAGUGGACCGUAUAACGGACAGCACGAAUCCGUGGGAGGGACCAUCCAGUAUGGCUUCAUGCCAGCAGCUGUGCAGCCUGCCAAUCCGCCAGUCGGCAAAGGACACACCGAGUAA